CCCAAGAUUACAUUCUCUCUCAAAUUCUUUCAGGAUAUUAAAUUCUAUUAUAAUGGCUGUUUUCAGUUCUUAUUUUACCAUAUUCACAAUUUUCUUCGUACAUUACUUUUUAUUCUUCUUCUUCUUCUUCUUUUUUGCAGAUUGUAGCAGUGUAUCAGCAGCUUCCAGUUUUAUCAAGCACCGCCACCAUAAAUGGAUCGGACCUUCAGGCACUCGCCAUAUCUCAGUUAACGUUAAUGGUUUUGGAGAUUACCAGUCAGUUCAGGCUGCUGUGGACUCUAUUCCACACAACAACCGAAUGAAUGUCAUUAUUGACAUUUGCCCUGGUUAUUACAUAGAGAAAGUGGUGGUGCCAGAAACAAAGCCAUACAUAACAUUUCAAGGAGCAGGAAGGGAAGUGACGAUAAUAGAAUGGCAUGAUAGAGCAAAGGACAAAGGCGCAGAUGGACAACAGCUUCGUACCUAUCAAACUGCUUCUGUCACUGUUUAUGCUCCUUUUUUCUCUGCUCGAAAUAUUAGCUUCAAAAACACAGCACCAGCACCAUUGCCAGGAAUGCAGGGAUGGCAAGCAGUGGCAUUUCGGAUAUCAGGCGACAAGGCUUUCUUCUCCGGCUGUGGAUUCUACGGCGCACAGGACACUCUCUGCGACGACGCCGGUCGCCAUUACUUCAAAGAAUGUUACAUUGAGGGCUCUAUCGACUUCAUUUUUGGCAAUGGUCGCUCCAUGUAUAAGGACUGCGAGCUACAUUCAAUAGCCACAAGAUUUGGGUCCAUAGCAGCCCAAGAUAGAAGAUCCUCCGACGAGAAGUCUGGAUUUGCAUUCAUAGGGUGCAGGGUUACAGGGUCCGGCCCACUUUACGUGGGCCGUGCUAUGGGCCAAUACUCCAGAAUUGUCUAUUCUUACACCUACUUCGAUGACGUUGUAGCCCAUGGUGGCUGGGAUGACUGGGACCACGUCAGCAACAAGAACAAGACUGCAUUUUUUGGAGUGUACAAAUGCUGGGGGCCAGGAGCAGCAGCAGUGAUGGGAGUAUCAUGGGCCCGUGAGCUGGAUUACGACACUGCCCACCCAUUUCUAGCCAAGAGCUUUGUCAACGGACGCCACUGGAUUGCUCCCUCUGACGCUUAAACAUUUUUUGCAUCUGUUGCCAUUUAAUCAAUUCUUUAAUUCCAUUCCAUUCAUUUUGUUUAUAUUAGAAAUAAGUUAUAAAGGAAACGAUAGUGAUCUCUUUGUACCUUUGUUUACUUAUGUUUUCUCGUAUGAAUGUGGGAAUCCCAUUUUUUGUAUCAACACAAAAUAUGAUUAUUGAACUCUAUAUAUUAACAAGUGAAAAUCAUCGAUGCAACUGUCGAGUGAA